CUCCCUCCACCAGUGUACAUCUGGCAAAUCCCCCUCAGCUCUCUGCCAGCUGAAAGCAUUCUCCGCCUGACGGAGACCGGACCAUCUUACGAGCUCACAAACCGAGGUUUGGGAGCAAGAGAUCAUCAGAACAUGGCAGCCCAGGAAAAUGGCCAAACUCGAGGGGCAGUGGCUGGGGUGUUUCUCGAAAAGUCAAAUGAGACUAUCACCAUAUACCAAGCCUUUAAAAAGCGGCUACUAAAAUCAGGAACAUGUUUGGCUCUUUUAGAAGCCCAAGCUGCAACUGAGGGAAUCAUCGACCCUCUUAACAACAGAAAGCUCUCAGUUGAAGAUGCUGUCAAAGAAGGAAUUGUUGGGCCAGAGAUGAAGGAAAAGCUGCAAUCUGCAGAAAAGGCUAGAAAGGGUUAUGUAGAUCCUUAUACCAACCAACCAAUCUCAUUAUUCCAAGCAAUACAAAAAGAUGUGAUUCCCAAAGAAUAUGGGAUCAGGUUGCUUGAAGCUCAGAUCUCAACAACAGGCAUUUAUGAUCCUGUUGAGCAGUGUCACAUUUCAGAAGAGAAAGCUUUUGAGAUGGGGCACUAUGAAAAAGGUAUCUUUACAGACCAGGUGGACACACUGAGAGUGUUCUAUGACCCAAAUUCUCAGGAAAAUCUCUCAUAUUCACAACUGGUGGAGAAAUGUUUUGCGGAUCCACAGACUGGCUUGCAACUCUUCCCAGUGUACAUUACAUUCAAGGGUCUCCGUAGGGGAGUGACUUCCACUGAGCUGCUGGCAUCGAAAAUCAUUGACCAAAAAACGUAUGACGAUCUACAAAAGGGCACAACCACCACAAAAGAUGUCAUGCUUAUGGAAACAGUUAAGGAGUAUCUGGAGGGGAAAGGGAGCAUUGGGGGAGUGGCAGUGCUCUCCUCUAAUGAGAAAAUGAGCAUCUAUCAGGCAAUGAAGAAAAGCAUUCUCAUGCCUGGUACAGCAUUAAUUUUAUUAGAAGCACAGGCAGCUACUGGAUUCAUGAUAGACCCUGUUGAAAACAAACAGUUCAGUGUGGAUGAUGCCAUCAAAAACAAACUUGUAGGCCCAGAGUACCACGCAAAAUUAAUUGCAGCAGAACGUGCUGUCACUGGUUACAAGGAUCCAUAUACUGGUAAAACAAUUUCACUGUUUCAGGCACUGUCAAAAGAUCUGAUUGUCAAAGAACAUGGCAUCCGUUUGCUUGAAGCGCAGAUCGCCACAGGUGGAAUUAUCGAUCCAAUAAACAGCCACAGAGUUCCUGUUGAUGUUGCAUACAAACGAGGCUUCUUUGACGAGGACAUGAACGCCAUCCUUGAAGAUUCUGGAGAUGAUACCAAAGGCUUCUUUGAUCCCAACACAAAAGAAAACCUUACAUAUCUGCAGCUGAUCAAUCGUUGUGUUAUUGACCCAGCCACAGGCCUCACACUGCUGCCUCUAUAUGAAGAGACUAGUGGCCAAAAUUACACAUUCAUUGACUACAAAACCAAAGUAACCUUCAAAGCUGUUAUGGUUAAAGUGACACAUGGAAAGUACAAAGGAAUGACCGUUUCACUUUGGGAAUUACUGAUGUCAGAAUACUUCACAGAAACACAAAGGCAAGACAUCUUUCAACAGUACAGAAAAGGAACCCGUACUGUUGAGAUGAUAAUCACCUAUGUUCUGGAGAUUAUUGAACAUUCAGAGAAAACAACCCAUGUGAUUUUUGAAGGCAUCAGGGACCACGUCACUGCAGAUCAACUUGCUGAGGCUGAUAUCAUUACCAAGAAUGAUCUAGAGAAACUAAAAACAGGGAAUAUAACUGUGGAGGAUAUUAAAGAGGAUGAAUCGGUUCAAAUAUACCUGCAAGGUAAAACAAGCAUUGCAGGGGUCUUGCUUCCUGAUUCUCAAAUUAUGUCAAUCUACCAGGCCCAGCGAAAAGGACUGCUAAGACCAGGAACAUCACUCAUCCUUUUAGAAGCCCAGGCAGCAACAGGAUUCAUCAUUGAUCCAAUUACAAAUAGGAAAUUCUCAGUUGAUGAUGCUGUUAAGGCUAGAGUAGUGGGGCCUGAGCUUCAUGCAAAACUGCUGUCAGCUGAAAAGGCAGUGACAGGCUACAAAGAUCCAUACACCAACAAAACCAUAUCUUUGUUCCAGGCAAUGCAGAAAGAGCUGAUCUUGAAAGAUCAUGGAAUUCGCCUGUUGGAAGCCCAGAUUGCCACUGGGGGCAUAAUAGAUCCAGUAAACAGCCAUCGAAUUCCUGUCCAUAUAGCGUACAAAAAGGGGUACUUUGAUGUUGAAAUGAAUCAGAUUCUGGACGAUCCAUCUGAUGACACAAAAGGAUUCUUUGACCCAAACACUCAGGAAAACCUUACAUAUCUGCAGCUUAUGAACAGAUGUGUCACUGACCCCAGCACAGGCCUCCGCCUUUUGCCAAUCAAAGGAAAAGAUAAGCGAGUCAAAAUACAAGACAGCAUCAAAGAGACAUUUCAAGCCACAUAUGUCACUGUGAAAUAUGGCAGAUUCAGCAACAAGAAAGUGACACUCUGGGAUCUCAUUAACUCUGAAUAUUUAUCAGAAGAGAAGAGACAGAAGCUGACACAUGGGUACACGUCAAAGACACUCACAAUUGAGGAAAUCAUUACAACAAUUCUGGAAAUUAUCGAGAACAAAGAAGUUCUGAGGAAUGCUGAUCUCUACAUCAAGGGUCUUAAGAAGAAUGUCUCCAUUUUGGACCUUCUUAAAUUGAACAUCAUAGAUGAGAAAACAUACAAAUUCUUGCUUGAAGGAAAACUUGCACUGAGAGAUAUUCUUCAGAUGGACUCAGUGAGGAACUCUGUAGAAGGAACCAGCUCCAUUGCAGGUGUGAUUCUGAAACCAUCUGGUCAGAAAAUGAACAUCUAUGAAGCUAAGAAAAAGGGCCUGCUUACCCCUGGUACUGCUCUAUGUCUUCUGGAGGCACAGGCUGCCACUGGCUUCAUCACUGAUCCCAUACACAACCAAAAACUCUCCGUUGAAGAGGCCUUAAAACAGAAAUUAAUCGGGCCAGAGUUAUAUGAAAAGCUCUUGUCCGCUGAGGGGGCAGUAACUGGUUACAAGGAUCCUUACACAGGUGAUAACUUGUCCCUUUUCCAAGCCAUGAAGAAGGACCUUGUUGUACAUCAGCAUGGGAUCCGUUUACUUGAGGCUCAAAUUGCCACAGGUGGCAUCAUUGAUCCCUUGACAAGUGUCCAUUUACCUCUUGAAGUUGCUUACAAAAAGGGCUACUUUGAUGCAGAUAUCAACCAGAUCCUAUUAGACCCAAGUGACGACACCAAGGGUUUUUUCGACCCUAACACAAAAGAGAACUUAACUUACAAGGAGAUGACAACAAGAUGCAUCAAAGAUCCAGACUCAGGAUUUCUUCUUUUGCCACUGACCGAAAAAGGGAAAGUACAACAAGAAACUGAAAACAUCCUCUCUGAUGCUGAAAUAAAGAAGGACUUUGAGAAGAAUACAAUCACAAUUUCUGUUGGCCGCUUUUCUGGAAAAUCUCUUUCCCUCUGGGUGCUGAUAAAUUCUGAGUACUUUACUGAUGAGCAAAGGCAAAAGUUCCUUGAACAAUACCGAUCAAAGUUGCUAAAAAUACAAGACAUUGUCACUAUAGUCCUUACAACUAUCAAAAAACUGGAACAAAGGGAAGCGACUCUUCAAACAACAAUGGGCUUCAGAAAACCUGUUUCUGUGCAACAGCUUUUUGAUUUUGGAAUCAUUGAUGCCCCUACCUACAAGGACUUGCAGGAUGGAAAAACUACUUUGGAACAAGUGGUAAAACAGGAUUCAGUGCAACGUUAUUUGAAGGGCACAGGAAGCAUUGCUGGAGUGAAAAUUCAUCCGUCGGAAAGAGUGCUGAGUAUAUACGAAGCCAAAACAAAAGGACUGCUCAGUCCUGAUAUGGCACUGAUACUACUUGAAGCUCAGGCAGCAACAGGUUUUAUGAUUGAUCCCAUAAAAAACAAUCAUCUCUCUGUUGAAGAAGGUGCCAAAGAACAACUCAUUGGGCCAGAUCUACUUGAGCACUUACUCCUUGCUGAACAAGCUGUUACUGGAUUUACAGAUCCAUACACAGGUGAGAAAAUUGCCCUACUUGAGGCCAUAAAAAAGGAUCUUAUACCCAGAAACCAUGGACUACGACUCUUGGAGGCACAGCUUGCUACUGGAGGAAUCAUUGAUCCAGUUCUCAGCCACCGACUGCCUGCUAGUCAUGCCAUAAAACGAGGAUGCCUGGAUGAGGAGAUCAGUCAGCUUCUGGCCAACCCUGAUGAUGACACAAAAUGGUAUUCUGACCAAAACACAAAAGGAAAUCUCACUUACCACCAACUCAGAGAAAGAUGUGUCAAAAAUUCAAACACAGGACUUCUGCUUUUGCCUGUACCUGAAAAUAAUGAGAGGUCAACAUACACUGAUGAGCAAGUGAAAAUGGUCUUCAAAGAGAAAUCUCUUAUCAAUGUUGCAGGAAAGUUUGAAGGACUACGGGUGUCAUUGUGGGAUGUAUUAAUGUCAGGGUACAUAACAGCACAAAAGAGGAAGCAGCUAAUUGAAGAGUACAAAUCAGGAAAAUUAACAUUGGAGGAACUCAUACAAAUGGUGACAGCAAUAAUAAUUGAAGUGACAACAAAGAGACAUUCUUUUAAAGGCCUCAGAAAACAAGUUUCAGCCAGUCAGCUUUUUGAAUCAAAAAUUAUAUCGAAAGAAAUGUUAACUAAAAUCAUCAAUGAUGAAGUAACAGAUGAUGAAAUCAAUCAAACUGAAUUCAUUCAAAAAUUCCUUGGUGCAACCAACUGCAUAGCUGGGGUGAGAGUUGAAUCAACAAAGCAAAUUUUAAGCAUCUACGAAGCCAAAUCCAAGGGACUUCUGACACCUGGAACCUCACUGGUUUUACUGGAAGCUCAGGCGGCUACUGGAUUUAUGAUUGAUCCAGUAAAGAACAAAAAACUCUCAGUAGAGGAGGCAGUGGCUCAGGGAGUUGUGGGGAUUGAAUGGAAGAACAAACUUCUGUCUGCAGAGAGAGCAGUCACUGGCUACACUGACCCUCACACUGGGAACACCAUCUCACUGUUCCAGGCCUUGAAGAAAGAUCUCAUUGUCAAGGAUCAUGGAAUUCGUCUUCUGGAAGCACAGAUUGCUACAGGUGGUAUUAUCGAUCCAGUGCACAGCCAUCGCGUCCCUGUGGAAGUGGCCUACCAAAGAGGAUAUUUUGAUGAAGAAAUGAACCAGAUCCUUUCUGACCCAAGUGAUGACACCAAGGGAUUCUUCGACCCCAAUACACAAGAAAAUCUCACAUACUUGCAGCUCAUUGAGAGAUGUGUGAAAGAUCCAGAGACAGGUCUGAGCUUGCUUGUCAUUGUGAAGAAGGGAGAGUUUUACUUCUUCAUUGAUGAGCUUACAAAGAAAAUCCUCAAAUCCACAACUACAAACAAGGCAGGAGGUAAAUUCCAAGGACAGGUGGUAUCUCUCUGGGAUCUUUUACACUCUCAAUACAUCACAGAGGAGAAGAGAAGAGAUCUGGUCCAGCAGUUUAAAUCUGGCACAAUCAAAAUUGAAUACUUCUUGGAACAAAUUCUGACAAUUAUUCAGCAGAAGACAUCUAGCACAACUAUUACCACCACCACCACCAUCACCACCACUGAAACAAAACAAGCCUCAACCUUCCAAGGCAUCAAAAAGGAAGUGACUGCUGAAGAGUUGCUGAAAUCUAAAAUCAUUGAUAAGAAACUUUAUGAAGACCUAAGUGCUGGAAAGGUCACAGCUGACCACAUAAGCAAAAUGGACUCUGUGCGAAAGUAUCUGCAGGGAACAGACUGCAUUGCUGGUGUAUUUGUACAGUCAACCAAAGAGACUAUGAGCAUCUAUAAUGCCAAGUCUAAAGGACUUCUGACUCCUGGAACCUCACUGGUUUUAUUGGAAGCUCAGGCGGCUACUGGAUUUGUGAUCGAUCCAGUGAAGAACAAAAAACUUUCAGUAGAGGAGGCAGUGGCUCAGGGAGUUGUGGGGACUGAAUGGAAGAGCAAGCUUCUGUCUGCAGAGAGAGCAGUCACUGGCUACACUGACCCUCACAAUGGAAACACCAUUUCACUCUUCCAGGCCUUGAAGAAAGAUCUCAUUGUCAAGGAUCAUGGAAUUCGUCUUCUGGAAGCACAGAUUGCUACAGGUGGCAUCAUCGAUCCAGUGUACAGCCAUCGCGUCCCUGUGGAAGUGGCCUACCAGAGAGGAUAUUUCGAUGAAGAAAUGAACCAGAUCCUUUCUGACCCAGGAGACGACACCAAGGGCUUCUUCGACCCCAAUACACAAGAAAAUCUCACAUACUUGCAGCUCGUUGAGAGAUGUGUGAAAGAUCCAGGGACAGGUCUGAGCCUGCUUGUCAUUGUGAAGAAGGGAGAGUUUUACUUCUUCAUUGAUGAGCUUACAAAGAAAAUCCUCAAAUCCACAACUACAAACAAGGCAGGAGGUAAAUUCCAAGGACAGGUGGUAUCUCUCUGGGAUCUCUUACACUCUCAAUACAUCACAGAGGAGAAGAGAAGAGAUCUGGUCCAGCAGUUUAAAUCUGGCACAAUCACAAUUCAAUACUUCUUGGAGCAAGUUCUGACAAUUAUUCAGCAGAAGACAUCUAGCACAACUAUUACCACCACCACCGCCAUCACCACCACUGAAACAAAACAAGCCUCAACCUUCCAAGGCAUCAAAAAGGAAGUGACUGCUGAAGAGUUGCUGAAAUCUAAAAUCAUUGAUAAGAAACUUUAUGAAGACCUAAGUGCUGGAAAGGUCACAGCUGACCAUGUAAGCAAAAUGGACUCUGUGCGAAAGUAUCUGCAGGGAACAGACUGCAUUGCCGGUGUGUUUGUGCAGUCAACCAAAGAGACUAUGAGCAUCUAUAAUGCCAAGUCUAAAGGACUUCUGACUCCUGGAACCUCACUGGUUUUAUUGGAAGCUCAGGCAGCUACUGGAUUUGUGAUCGAUCCAGUGAAGAACAAAAAACUUUCAGUAGAGGAGGCAGUGGCUCAGGGAGUUGUGGGGACUGAAUGGAAGAGCAAGCUUCUGUCUGCAGAGAGAGCAGUCACUGGCUACACUGACCCUCACAAUGGAAACACCAUUUCACUCUUCCAGGCCUUGAAGAAAGAUCUCAUUGUCAAGGAUCAUGGAAUUCGUCUUCUGGAAGCACAGAUUGCUACAGGUGGCAUCAUCGAUCCAGUGUACAGCCAUCGCGUCCCUGUGGAAGUGGCCUACCAGAGAGGAUAUUUCGAUGAAGAAAUGAACCAGAUCCUUUCUGACCCAAGUGAUGACACCAAAGGAUUCUUCGACCCCAAUACACAAGAAAAUCUCACAUACUUGCAGCUCGUUGAGAGAUGUGUGAAAGAUCCAGGGACAGGUCUGAGCCUGCUUGUCAUUGUGAAGAAGGGAGAGUUUUACUUCUUCAUUGAUGAGCUUACAAAGAAAAUCCUCAAAUCCACAACUACAAACAAGGCAGGAGGUAAAUUCCAAGGACAGGUGGUAUCUCUCUGGGAUCUUUUACACUCUCAAUACAUCACAGAGGAGAAGAGAAGAGAUCUGGUCCAGCAGUUUAAAUCUGGCACAAUCACAAUUCAAUACUUCUUGGAGCAAGUUCUGACAAUUAUUCAGCAGAAGACAUCUAGCACAACUAUUACCACCACCACCGCCAUCACCACCACUGAAACAAAACAAGCCUCAACCUUCCAAGGCAUCAAAAAGGAAGUGACUGCUGAAGAGUUGCUGAAAUCUAAAAUCAUUGAUAAGAAACUUUAUGAAGACCUAAGUGCUGGAAAGGUCACAGCUGACCACAUAAGCAAAAUGGACUCUGUGCGAAAGUAUCUGCAGGGAACAGACUGCAUUGCUGGUGUAUUUGUACAGUCAACCAAAGAGACUAUGAGCAUCUAUAAUGCCAAGUCUAAAGGACUUCUGACUCCUGGAACCUCACUGGUUUUAUUGGAAGCUCAGGCGGCUACUGGAUUUGUGAUCGAUCCAGUGAAGAACAAAAAACUUUCAGUAGAGGAGGCAGUGGCUCAGGGAGUUGUGGGGACUGAAUGGAAGAGCAAGCUUCUGUCUGCAGAGAGAGCAGUCACUGGCUACACUGACCCUCACAAUGGAAACACCAUUUCACUCUUCCAGGCCUUGAAGAAAGAUCUCAUUGUCAAGGAUCAUGGAAUUCGUCUUCUGGAAGCACAGAUUGCUACAGGUGGCAUCAUCGAUCCAGUGUACAGCCAUCGCGUCCCUGUGGAAGUGGCCUACCAGAGAGGAUAUUUCGAUGAAGAAAUGAACCAGAUCCUUUCUGACCCAGGAGACGACACCAAGGGCUUCUUCGACCCCAAUACACAAGAAAAUCUCACAUACUUGCAGCUCGUUGAGAGAUGUGUGAAAGAUCCAGGGACAGGUCUGAGCCUGCUUGUCAUUGUGAAGAAGGGAGAGUUUUACUUCUUCAUUGAUGAGCUUACAAAGAAAAUCCUCAAAUCCACAACUACAAACAAGGCAGGAGGUAAAUUCCAAGGACAGGUGGUAUCUCUCUGGGAUCUCUUACACUCUCAAUACAUCACAGAGGAGAAGAGAAGAGAUCUGGUCCAGCAGUUUAAAUCUGGCACAAUCACAAUUCAAUACUUCUUGGAGCAAGUUCUGACAAUUAUUCAGCAGAAGACAUCUAGCACAACUAUUACCACCACCACCGCCAUCACCACCACUGAAACAAAACAAGCCUCAACCUUCCAAGGCAUCAAAAAGGAAGUGACUGCUGAAGAGUUGCUGAAAUCUAAAAUCAUUGAUAAGAAACUUUAUGAAGACCUAAGUGCUGGAAAGGUCACAGCUGACCACAUAAGCAAAAUGGACUCUGUGCGAAAGUAUCUGCAGGGAACAGACUGCAUUGCUGGUGUAUUUGUGCAGUCAACCAAAGAGACUAUGAGCAUCUAUAAUGCCAAGUCUAAAGGACUUCUGACUCCUGGAACCUCACUGGUUUUAUUGGAAGCUCAGGCGGCUACUGGAUUUGUGAUCGAUCCAGUGAAGAACAAAAAACUUUCAGUAGAGGAGGCAGUGGCUCAGGGAGUUGUGGGGACUGAAUGGAAGAGCAAACUUCUGUCUGCAGAGAGAGCAGUCACUGGCUACACUGACCCUCACAAUGGAAACACCAUUUCACUCUUCCAGGCCUUGAAGAAAGAUCUCAUUGUCAAGGAUCAUGGAAUUCGUCUUCUGGAAGCACAGAUUGCUACAGGUGGCAUCAUCGAUCCAGUGUACAGCCAUCGCGUCCCUGUGGAAGUGGCCUACCAGAGAGGAUAUUUCGAUGAAGAAAUGAACCAGAUCCUUUCUGACCCAGGAGACGACACCAAGGGCUUCUUCGACCCCAAUACACAAGAAAAUCUCACAUACUUGCAGCUCGUUGAGAGAUGUGUGAAAGAUCCAGAGACAGGUCUGAGCCUGCUUGUCAUUGUGAAGAAGGGAGAGUUUUACUUCUUCAUUGAUGAGCUUACAAAGAAAAUCCUCAAAUCCACAACUACAAACAAGGCAGGAGGUAAAUUCCAAGGACAGGUGGUAUCUCUCUGGGAUCUCUUACACUCUCAAUACAUCACAGAGGAGAAGAGAAGAGAUCUGGUCCAGCAGUUUAAAUCUGGCACAAUCACAAUUCAAUACUUCUUGGAGCAAGUUCUGACAAUUAUUCAGCAGAAGACAUCUAGCACAACUAUUACCACCACCACCACCAUCACCACCACUGAAACAAAACAAGCCUCAACCUUCCAAGGCAUCAAAAAGGAAGUGACUGCUGAAGAGUUGCUGAAAUCUAAAAUCAUUGAUAAGAAACUUUAUGAAGACCUAAGUGCUGGAAAGGUCACAGCUGACCACAUAAGCAAAAUGGACUCUGUGCGAAAGUAUCUGCAGGGAACAGACUGCAUUGCUGGUGUAUUUGUACAGUCAACCAAAGAGACUAUGAGCAUCUAUAAUGCCAAGUCUAAAGGACUUCUGACUCCUGGAACCUCACUGGUUUUAUUGGAAGCUCAGGCGGCUACUGGAUUUGUGAUCGAUCCAGUGAAGAACAAAAAACUUUCAGUAGAGGAGGCAGUGGCUCAGGGAGUUGUGGGGACUGAAUGGAAGAGCAAGCUUCUGUCUGCAGAGAGAGCAGUCACUGGCUACACUGACCCUCACAAUGGAAACACCAUUUCACUCUUCCAGGCCUUGAAGAAAGAUCUCAUUGUCAAGGAUCAUGGAAUUCGUCUUCUGGAAGCACAGAUUGCUACAGGUGGCAUCAUCGAUCCAGUGUACAGCCAUCGCGUCCCUGUGGAAGUGGCCUACCAGAGAGGAUAUUUCGAUGAAGAAAUGAACCAGAUCCUUUCUGACCCAGGAGACGACACCAAGGGCUUCUUCGACCCCAAUACACAAGAAAAUCUCACAUACUUGCAGCUCGUUGAGAGAUGUGUGAAAGAUCCAGGGACAGGUCUGAGCCUGCUUGUCAUUGUGAAGAAGGGAGAGUUUUACUUCUUCAUUGAUGAGCUUACAAAGAAAAUCCUCAAAUCCACAACUACAAACAAGGCAGGAGGUAAAUUCCAAGGACAGGUGGUAUCUCUCUGGGAUCUCUUACACUCUCAAUACAUCACAGAGGAGAAGAGAAGAGAUCUGGUCCAGCAGUUUAAAUCUGGCACAAUCACAAUUCAAUACUUCUUGGAGCAAGUUCUGACAAUUAUUCAGCAGAAGACAUCUAGCACAACUAUUACCACCACCAUCACCACUGAAACAAAACAAGCCCCCACCUUCCAAGGCAUCAAGAAGGAAGUGACUGCUGAAGAGUUGCUGAAAUCUAAAAUCAUUGAUAAGAAACUUUAUGAAGACCUAAGUGCUGGAAAGGUCACAGCUGACCAUGUAAGCAAAAUGGACUCUGUGCGAAAGUAUCUGCAGGGAACAGACUGCAUUGCCGGUGUGUUUGUGCAGUCAACCAAACAGACUAUGAGUAUCUACAAUGCCAAGUCUAAAGCACUUCUGACUCCUGGAACCUCACUGGUUUUAUUGGAAGCUCAGGCGGCUACUGGAUUUGUGAUCGAUCCAGUGAAGAACAAAAAACUUUCAGUAGAGGAGGCAGUGGCUCAGGGAGUUGUGGGGACUGAAUGGAAGAGCAAACUUCUGUCUGCAGAGAGAGCAGUCACUGGCUACACUGACCCUCACACUGGGAACACCAUCUCACUGUUCCAGGCCUUGAAGAAAGAUCUCAUUGUCAAGGAUCAUGGAAUUCGUCUUCUGGAAGCACAGAUUGCUACAGGUGGCAUCAUCGAUCCAGUGUACAGCCAUCGCGUCCCUGUGGAAGUGGCCUACCAGAGAGGAUAUUUCGAUGAAGAAAUGAACCAGAUCCUUUCUGACCCAGGAGACGACACCAAGGGCUUCUUCGACCCCAACACAAAAGAAAAUCUAACAUACUUGCAACUGGUUGAGAGAUGUGUGAAAGAUCCGAACACUGGACUAAAUUUACUUCUUUUAAAGAAGUAGAUUCAGAGAUGAACUUGAAACACCCUACAUAACACUGACAUAACCAUGCAAUAAACAUUUCAUGGUAGAUAUUGUCACGAGCUGUCAUGUACCUGCUUUGUUACAGAUUUUAUCUUAUCCUUUGGUAAGGGCAACAUCAACUUUUUUUAAUAGAUGUUUUAGUUCUACAUAAACUUUAGGUAGAUCAUUUUGCUUUUAUUUACUACAUGUUUAUGUUUUUGUAACACCAUAUGCAUUUUGGGACGUUCAUGUUUUAGGAUAUUAGGUUUUACCAGUUCUCCUUAAAAUCCAUUGUUCUGAAGAUGAUUACAUUUUCCCUUGUAACAAAUCUUUAAAAUCUUGACUAAUUGCCAUAUCUCCUUUUAUUGUGAUGUGUUAAUACAGAGAACCCAUGAAAUAUUGCAGAAAAAUGUUUGAAAAUGUCUGUGAAAUGACUGUUGGUGCACUGAUUUUGGGUACAUUUUUAUAUAUCUAUGUGACUAAGAACUGAUGAAAACAACACAAAAAGAAAUACUUGACUGGAAGAAAAGAGAAUGCACUAAAAACAUAAGAAAAUAUGCAUCUUUAUUCUCAACAAUUCUUUUUCAUGUUUUUCUUUAUCAGCUGCACCUUACUGGAAUAUUUACUUUUUGAGUUAAUAAAAAACUUUUUCCUUUG